ACACAAUAGGGGGUACACAAAAUAUACCCUAUCCUGAAGUCUGACUGAGUUUUAGUUUCGGUUACAGUAGUACUACUAUCUGGAGGUCUCCAAGGCACAAGUAGUAAUUUAUAAUUGUUUACGUUAAAUCCAAGUCACGAUGCUUCCCCCGGAAUUUGUGCCGCAGAGCAUGUACCGUUUCGAUGCGUACGAUCCCACUGUGGAGGCCUUGAACGACGAAGAGAGGGUGAGUAUCCUGCUCUAUCUACGAGAUGUCCCAGGGGUAUGGUUCGGCUCAAUGCUACCCACUCUCCACCGUGUCGUUCAGCAGUAUGACGGAAGCACGCUCACUUCGGGUGCACUCGACUAUCUCCACGACGGCAGGAUAAUAGGAACUUACGGCAACGCGGAUGCUUUGGGCCUGAUAAACGAGUUCGACGCGACUAUCACGCUUGCGCGCGACCGGGGCGUCGAGUGGAAUACGUUGCAGGAUUUCACGCAAGCCUUCGGUCCGAACUCGGUGAGCCAGAUGACCACCGGGGAUGCGACGAACUUAGCUAUCAGGUUUUCCCACGCCUUUUUCACACUCCGGACCCGGUUUAUGGAACACGCGAUACAGGACGACAUCCGCCUCAUCACGCCGGAGUCGGGGCGGGAGAGGGCCCGCGAACGAACAAGUGUCGGCAACGGCAUUGUUCACAAAGCGAAUAUGGAGACGGACGUCGCAUGGGUUAACACCCCGCAUAUUUUACCCAACGAGGUGACGGGGUCAUGUUCGAACACUUUAGGACUGACGCUUGCGUAUUUCGAAGGCAUAUACCGUCUUACUUGGCCCGAAGCUGCUGCGAUUGUUUAUUUCGCAACGGAGAAACGCGCCGAUAACAGCCCGAGUGCCACCGGUAGAAUAUUCUCGUGGAUUGUUUAUUUUAUCAACCAGUUUGUAAACUGGAAAACGACGGUUACUUGGGGAUACAACAGGUUGCCCUGUCCCCCUGGCAUCUCGCGCGAUGCUGCUCGUGUCCAAGCCUAUGAAGAAAAUGACGGUCUUCUGAUCGAAGUAAGUAGCUUAGACCGCCUUCGAGACUUUUCUAAAUCGGGUUAUCAUGAUGGCUAGGUUCGCCCUGGCCGGAGUAGACAUCCCCCCAG